CGAAUUUAAUUUUAAUUUUUUUGUUAUGUUCUCCUUCUGUUUUUCCUCUUUUCUGAUUAUUUAUUUAUUUUUAAUUGUGGUUGUUUAUUGUUGUGGUUUAUCCCCACGUUUACCCCCAAAACAAAAAUACAAAAAUUCUAUAUUAAUGCUGGUGAGUAUUGACGACUUUCACAUUAGAUCGUCGGAAGUUGGAAAAGGGAUGAACGAAAAAUUGUGGGAAGGAAUAAAUAUAAAUUCCACUUAGGGAGGGAUUUGCUGCGAUCGACAUUUUUGUUGUUUUUGGGCCUGCAACUAUAACUACUACACACCUUGCGCCUAUUUUCUCUAUUAAAUGUAACCAAAACACAUGCAUGCAUUUUACAAAAAUUCUGAUUUUUUUAAGUUUGUAAUUUU